AUGACUUGGAUUGUCUAUGCGGAGCAGCCUCUAACUGAUAACAACAGAUCUUUGGCCUCCUAUGGCUUGAAAGAUGGGGAUGUGGUGAUUUUGCGACAGAAGGAGAAUGUAGAGCCACGGCCUCCGAUCCAUUUUUCAGGUCUGCCUAAGAUAGACUUCAGCAGCAUUGCAGUUCCUGGGACGUCCACUCAACAGCGUCGGCCACCAGCACAGCAUCUUCGCCCGUCGCCUCCUGAUGCACCUUCCUUUCCUCAGGCUUUGGAUAAUCCAGCAUUACUACGGGAAAUGUUGCUUGCAAAUCCGCACGAGCUGUCUCUGCUGAAGGAACGCAAUCCGCCCCUAGCGGAGGCACUGCUCAGCGGAGACCUUGAGAAAUUCACCAGGGUAUUGGUGGAGCAACAGCAGGACCGAGCCCGGCGGGAGCAAGAGAGAAUUCGACUCUAUUCAGCUGAUCCUUUUGAUCUUGAGGCACAAGCCAAGAUAGAAGAAGACAUAAGGCAACAAAAUAUUGAAGAAAAUAUGACGAUAGCAAUGGAAGAGGCCCCUGAGAGUUUUGGCCAGGUGGUGAUGCUGUAUAUUAACUGCAAAGUCAACGGACAUCCGGUGAAAGCCUUUGUUGACUCAGGUGCCCAGAUGACCAUUAUGAGCCAAUCUUGUGCUGAAAGGUGCAACAUAAUGAGGCUGGUAGAUCGGCGGUGGGCUGGCAUUGCUAAAGGUGUAGGGACACAGAAAAUCAUUGGCAGAGUGCAUUUAGCUCAGGUUCAGAUUGAAGGGGAUUUUCUGGCAUGUUCUUUCUCAAUCCUUGAAGAGCAGCCCAUGGACAUGCUUCUAGGACUGGAUAUGCUUAAGAGGCAUCAGUGUUCCAUUGAUCUCAAGAAGAAUGUACUGGUGAUCGGCACAACUGGCUCGCAGACUACUUUCCUCCCAGAGGGCGAGCUCCCAGAGUGUGCGAGGCUGGCUUACGGGGCAGGGCGGGAGGAUGUGCGACCGGAGGAGAUUGCUGACCAAGAACUGGCAGAAGCAAUACAGAAGUCUGUAGAGGAAGCAGCUGCUGCUAGAUGGUACCAAGAAAACCAAGUCAAAGAACAGGAAACGGGAGAGGCAGAAACAGAGAGUGGAUAUAGUGCAGCACCAGGAAACUCGGCUCCCCACAAGGCCUGUGUUCUUUUAUAACAGCUUGAAUUUUUGCUGCCUUCGGGUAGACGGUACAACGGAAAUCACCAUGUACAUCAAUAGGCUAUUAAAGUUCUCAUUUUGAAUGCACCUGGAUUACUCUUGAGCCUUAUUCAAUCCACUGAAGCCCACUUUAUCAAGCCUCAUGGUUUUUGUCAGCUGACCUUCUGGUGUUUCAAAGCCUAUGAAAAAGCAGCUGAAGUGGUGGUGGAGUCCUGCUAUGUUUUCUGUGUAUGGCAAGAUCAGCUUGCCUGUUACUGUGAUCUGCUAGAUCCUCCGUGUUUGCUUCAGUUACAUUUGAGAGCUUGCUCUUUUUUGCCACUCUGCAAUGUGUCGUUAUCCCCCUUCCCAAAAAAAAAAAAAAACUUGCAACAGCUCAGUGAUUGUAGAGAACUUGAACUGACCAAAAAAAAAAAAAUCAAAAAACAAAAACCCACAGCUGGUAUGGCAGGAAGCGUUUUCAAGUAGCUUACCCCAUAUACAGGUUUUUAAUCCAGAAAGCCUUAAUAAGAAGGGCACUACACCAAAUUUGCAACUCAGACUUUUUCUCGUACAGAGAGGAAUUUAUCCCUGCUGGUGCUCUUUGUGGAGAAGAGUUUGUUCCUAGCAUUGGCUGGAUUGAUCUCCUUGAUGGAGCUAGGAUUCAGCUCCUGUAGGUAC